AUCGAGAAUGUUAAAAGCGUGAUUCCCAAAAGUUCCGUUAAUCCUUUAGAAAUGAUCGCACUGGUGAUAGCGUUCGUGAUGAUUCUCGGUGUGACGCAAGUUAAUAUGGAGCAAAUCAACCGCACGAAUUCAUCAUCGACGUUCAUUUGCAUGGAUGGGAGCGUGGCAUCAUUAGCGAGCAUCUGCGAUGGAGUUCCUCAUUGCCCGGACUCCUCGGACGAAGUCGCAACAUUAUGCCGUCACGUCCUGUGUCCGACGUACAUGUACAGAUGCAGCUAUGGUGCUUGCGUGACUCGCGCCGCGCGUUGCGACGGUCUGACGGAUUGCGUGGAUGCCAGCGACGAGUUCGCCUGCGAUCGUGAUUCUAACGACAUUUGCUCCGAUCGCGAGUUCCAGUGCUCCACGACCCCUCGAGAGUGCAUACCUCUUCGUGAGGUGUGCGACGGUCACAAAGAUUGCUCGGAUGGGAGCGACGAGAACGCGAUGACUUGCCGCGAGUAUUUGUGUCCUGAAUACACGUUCCGUUGUUCAUAUGGAGGUUGCGUUCAUCAGGAAACGGUUUGCGACGGUGUCAAGGACUGCGUGGACGGCACCGACGAAGACUCGAGCAUGUGCGCGGCAAUGAAUUGCGAAGGUGAAGAAUGCGCGCGAUAUAGAUGCAGAGACGAGGAAUUUACAUGCGAGAGCGGAGCACAGUGCUUGCCGAUAGUCAAAGUAUGCGACGGCACUCGACAUUGCAGAGACGCGUCGGAUGAAAGCGCAGAAAUGUGCAGAGCGCGCGAAUGUCCUGAAAAUUGGUUCCGCUGCGCGUACGGUGGUUGCAUUCGACUUGAAUUGAAGUGUAACCUCCAGCUCAAUUGCUAUGACUGGAGCGACGAGGAGGAAUAUCUGUGCGGGGUGACGCUGCCCGAAGGCGCUUGUCGGUUACCAAUGGCAAAACCGGGAACACAUUAUAGUAUAAGUGGAUGUUCAAGGUGCCGCCCGGGCGAAAUUGUCCCUCAAUUCACGCGUCUCGACUACACCUGCGACACUGAGGAUUCCUUGCAGGGUCCGAGUGAAGUUUAUUGUCGGAACAAUCGUUGGUCCCCUGUUCUUCCGAGUUGUAUCGCUGGAAACCAAUCGGAGGGGAUAACAUGUCCGGCACUUGUUGAGGCGUAUGGUGCGUUCAAACGAUGCCAGGCGAUGUGGGGUCCUCAUAAAGGAUGGCUACCUUGCAACCGCGCCCUUCCGGUCGGCACGCGAGUUCUUCUAGAGUGUCCGGCUUUCUACGAGCGUCGUAAAGGAUCUUCGAGUGUCGUGUGCCUCCACGACGGCACGUGGAGUCAAACACCCCUGAGCUGCGCUCCUACCUGUGGAACGAGAGACUCCACAGCCGCAGCACUGAUCGUAAAGGGAUGGCGCGUCGAGGAGAAGGAGACCCUGCCGUGGCAAGCCACCCUGUUCUCUCACGAGGACGGUGAAUGGAGAUUCUUUUGCGGUGGCACACUGAUAGCGGAACGUAUCGUGUUGACUGCUGGUCAUUGCCUCUGGAAAACCUCGACGGACACCGUGCGCGUCGCUUUCGGGACUCUCUCGAGCAAUCUGACGGAAGCGGGGGAGGACGCGCAAGUGCUCGACGUGGACAGCAUCAGGCUGCAGAGUGCGUAUCAGGAUCAUGAGAGUAACUACGGAUCGGAUAUCGCGUUGCUGGUCUUGAAGAGAGCCGUAACCAUCGAUUCGACCGUCUCACCUGUCUGCCUUCCUCAGCGUUUCGACAAGAUCUUGACGGAAGCUCAAGAAAACGGCGGAUUUGGAUUGGUUGCUGGCAUGGGACUGACGGAGAACGACACGUUUAGUACGAGUAUGAGGAUGACCACGAUGAAAAUCGUCUCCGACGACGAGUGCCGUCAAAAUCAAAAGAGGGACUUUCGCAAGUACUUAACUUACACGUCCUUUUGCGCCGGAUGGGCGAAUGGUACAGGAGUGUGCAACGGAGACAGUGGCGGAGGAUUGGUGCUCCAGCGGCCGAAUUCUAGUGUGUGGGAGGUUCACGGGAUCGUCUCCGUGAGUCCACGCAGAUUGGGUACCAGUAUAUGUGAUCCAAACUUUUACACCAUCUUCACAAAGGUUUCAGUGUACGUCGACUGGAUUAAUCAGGUUGUCGAAAGUAUACCGGUCAGUGGCCCACCUGAUCUUGAUCGACAACCGAACGCGGAUGACAUCAUCGUUAAAUAAAGCCACUUCUUCGGCAAUAAACGGCCUGUUGAAGUCUUUUAUGUACCCGCGUCUUCUCGUAAAAUUAAAAUCAUAUAAUGCAAAUACAAUUAUAAAAUUACAAUACAAAUUAAGGGAGGAACAAUUCACACAACAUGUAUGUUUUAAAGAUUUUUUAAAGACGUCUACUUUCUUGGAGACAUCUUUAAAAUAC